GCCGCGGCGCUGGCGUCGGCAUGCGCAUGUGCUCAGCGGAAAAUCUCUCUUUUCACCCCGGUUUCGGCAGCACGUGGAGGAAAAAGACUUUCUUUCUAGCGGAAAAUUGCGCAGCGGAACUAGUGCCCAGGAAUUGUGAGUGACAAUGAAUGCGGAGAAACUGAAGAAGUUGCAGAGUCAGGUGAGGAUUGGCGGGAAGGGCACUCCCAGGAGGAAGAAGAAGGUUGUCCACACCACGGCGGCCACGGAUGACAAGAAAUUGCAGUCAUCGCUCAAGAAGCUGGCCGUGAACACCAUCCCAGGCAUCGAGGAAGUCAAUAUGAUCAAGAAUGACGGGAGUGUGAUCCACUUCAACAAUCCCAAGGCUCAGGCUUCCCUGGCAGCCAACACUUUUGCCAUCACGGGUCAUGGGGAAAACAAACAGAUCGCUGAAAUGCUGCCGGGAAUCUUGACCCAACUCGGUCCUGAAGGUCUCAAUCAACUCAAGAGGAUCGCGAGCAAUGUUGUCGUGGGAAAUAAGCUCCUGAGCAGUGUCACGGAGGAGGACGAUGUGCCCAAUUUGGUUGAAAACUUCGAGGAGGCGUCCAAGAAAGAGGUCACCGAUGUCAAGCCCACUAAUCCCUUCAUUGAGUCAGUGGAAGUGACGCAGCAGGCACAGACAGCCACUCCUGCAGUAGCGCCGGGUGCUCCUGCUCCCCAAGAAACUGCGAAGCCCGUGGAAACACCACCAACCAGUGCACAACCUGCUCCUGACGCUUCUGUACAAACUGGCGAUACUGCCAAAGGGCCAGAGAAGCCCAAGGAACCGGUGAAAGAGCAAAAACCACAGGAAAAGGCUCAGGAGCAGAAACCGGAUGUUGUACCGACUCCUCAAACCAAACUGCCAGCUCAAGAGGUGAAACCAGCUGUAUCGGAACCUUUGAAAGCUGCACCUCAAGCCCAAACGGCCGCACAAGUCCAACCGGCUUCUCCGGCUGCUGCUGCUGUUCAAAAGACGGGUCCUGAAGCUAAACCAGCUCCUGAGGCACAAAAACCAACUCAGCAAGCUCCUCCAGUUGCCGCUGAGGCACAAAAGUCCGCUCAACAAGCUUCUCCAGCUCAGAAAGCUCCUCCAGUUGCUGCUGAGGCACCGAAGCCGGCUCCUGCAGCCCAACAAGCUCCUCAAGCGGCUCCUGUAGCUCAACCAGCUCCUCCAGCUCAACAAGCUCCUCCAGCUCAACAAGCUCCUUCAGCUCAGAAAGCUCCUCCAGUUGCUGCUGAGGCACCAAAGCCGGCUCCCGCAGCCCAACAAGCUCCUCAAGCUACUCCUCCAGCUCAGAAAGCUCCUCCAGUUGUUGCUGAGGCACCAAAGCCGGCUCCUACAGCCCAACAAGCUCCUCAAGCUGCUCCUGUAGCUCAACAAGCUCCUCCAGCUCAGAAAGCUCCUCCAGUUGCUGCUGAGGCACCAAAGCCGGCUCCUGCAGCCCAACAAGCUCCUCAAGCUGGUGCUGAGACACCAAAGUCAGCUCAGCCAGCUCAACAAGCUCUUCCAGUUGCUCCUGAAGCACAAAAGCCAGCACAACAAGCUGCUCCAAUUGCUGCUGAGGUACAGAAGCCAGCUCAACAAGCUGCUCCAGUUGCUGCUGAGGCAUCAAAGCCAGCUCCUGCAGCUGAAAAGGCAAUUUCCGCUGUAGUCGAAACCCAAAAAGCUCCACAACAGCCACCGAAACCAAAUCAAGGAGACACAAAGUUCGUUCCAGUUACUCCACAAGGGGAACAGAAGACUUCCGAGGCUCCUAAAGUUGUCCCGGAAGCACCAAAAGCAACUCCGCCUACCCCUGAAACUGCAAAAGUUGCUUCAGUCACCGCAGAAGCGGCUAAGGCCGCUCCUACAGUUUCUGAACCUGCAAAGCCUGCUGCUCCUGCAGAACCGAAAGUAGAUGCUCCGAAAUCAGCGGCUGAAUCUCAAAAACCGUCCAGUGAUGAGAAAAAGGGUGUUCCGCCUCAAGUUGCUGCGCAACCUGAGCCAGUAGCAAGUCUUCCACCCAAAGACACUCCCACAGCAGAGUCGUCUGCGCAGCCAGAGGCACAAAAGACGCCAGAGAGUGCUCCAGCUGUGACUCCUGAAGUUCCAGCGGCGGAUGCUGGGAAGCAGGGUGGUGGAAAGCAGGGAAAUAAGAAGGGUGGAAAGAAGGAAUCUCCACCUCAAGGUGCUGCCGAAGUGAAGAAAUCCGACAAGGAUCAGAAGAAGCCGAAUGAACCAAAGAAAGAUGCUCCAAAGAAGGUGAAUGAACCAAAGAAGUCUCCAGCUCCGGAGGCCAAGAAGUCGGAUUCGCCGAAGAAGGAUCCGCCAGCGCCCAAGAAGGCUGACAAGACGCCCAAGAAGGAUGCCAAGAAGGACGCCGGAGCGGACAAGCCUGCCAAAAUGAAGGCAGGUGGAGACGCGGUCAAGAAGGAGACGCCCGCGUCUGGAGAGGCGACUGAGAAGGAGAAGAAGAACGAUGGGAGCACAGAGACGAAGGAGGAUUCCGGGAAGGCCACAGUGAAUGGAGUGAAGGUGAAAAGUGUGGAUAAUGAUCGGAAAACCACACCUUCCAACUACAGCUACAUCCUGCAGAUGGAGAAUCUGCCCGGAAGCCCUGGAGAACUUCUUGGGAGUGUCACUUUCUCGCCCCAUGGGGGCCCAGAUAGCGGACACGCAGUGAGAACCAGUGCGAGGGUGAUUCAGAAGCUGCGGAUGGACACGGCCAGGCCGCCAACUCCGCCGCCACCCGAGAAGAAGGAGAAGAAGGAAAAGGAGGAACCAGUGCCGCCGAAGCAGGCAAAUCCCCCGCCUCGGAUCAAUCGCAUUCUGUGGAGCAAUGUCGAGAGGAACAUCUUCUUUGAGGCGCUGAAUGAGUAUGGGAGAGAUUUUGAGGCCAUCGCGCACUUCAUGAACCACAAGCUGAAGAGGAAGCAGCCUCUGGAGCAGCCCAUGUUCAAGAUGUUCCAAGUGCGACAGCUCUACUAUCAGACCUUCCAUAAGAUCUCCAAGUAUCUCAAGUUCUCAGACGAUGUCCGCAAAUAUGCCCAGGAGCUGUAUGCGCUGAUAAACUACGGUGAGAUGCGCCGCAAGCUGAUCUUCGUGAAUGAGAAGGCGUGCAUGAAGCUGAGGGAGCUCGUGUACCGUGGCUAUGUGACGAUCCGUGAGAAGGGCAGGAAUAUACGCAUCAAGACGCCGUCUUGUCGGGCGCUGCGGAAGCUGAAUCAGCUAGAGGAGUGGCAGGAGGAGAUUAAGUUGCCGCAGCGAGUGGAAGUGUCACUUGUGCCGGCAAAUAUGGAGUCGUGGGCGAAAGUGCAGAGCAUGGCCCAAAAUCCACGGAUAAGAGCGACUGUUCCACUGCAAAAGAGGGUAUUAAGUGUGCUGAAGUUGCUGCAGAACAAAUGGCAGAGCCAAGAGAUUAGACUGUGUUCCAGGAGUGCGCCAACGCAGUGCCACAGCAGCGGAGGAAAGUCAAAGAUAUGCAAACUGAUGCAGCAGCAUCAGAAGAAUGAAUUGAAGGAGGAAUUGAUCUGUGCUGAGAAACUUCUGUGUCUCGCUCCUCCGCCCAAAACUGUCAUCCACAGGCCAAUGGUGAAUCUCACAGAGUUCAGCAGUAGCUACAACAUCUGUCUGAAUUCUUACGAGGAGAGAAUUGGAGCGACUGUACGCGGGGAGACGCUUUUCCCGGAGAAGUGGCAGAAUCACAGGGAGUUCGUCAGGGCGCAGAAACGUCAGCGACACGAUAGUGGCAGUGACAAUAAGUCUCCCGACACUAAGAAGAUCCGUGGUGGUGUGGCUCAGCAGAACGCACAGCCGGAAUCUGCUCCUGAAUCUCAAAUUAGCUUCCAGGCGAUUGACUUCUCGGCUAUUAUCAAUAGUCAGGAUUCGAAUUUGCAGCCUCUACUUGUGCCUCAGGAAAUGGUUGAGGAGAAGAAGGUGGAAGAGCCAGAAGUGCCACCAGUGAAGCCUGCCCCGGAGACCACGAAGAAGAAGAGGGAACCAAAGUGGAAUCCCCUGAAGGAUGCUCCAACAAAUAAGCGCAACAUCACAAAGUUCUUCAAGCCCCUGAUUCGUGAGGAGGUGAUCAGGAAGAUCAAGGAAGGCUGGACCAUAAAUAAUAUCUGUGAUGUGACCUUUGGAGAUUUGUACGUGAUGUUUGGGAGUGACUUCAAAAUUAACCUGGAGUAUCGAUGGGUGGAUCCACCGCCAAAAGUGGAGCAAAGCGAAGCGUCGAGUGGCGAGGAGAAAAAUGACGUGACUGACAAUCAUCCAGUGCCAGUUGUGGUGAAAAUAGAACCUCCGGAGACUGAGGAUUUCAACAAGUUGAUGACAGAAAAGCCCAGCUUGCCGACUGACAAGGAAUCUGAGAUUUUGCUGGGGCGAAAGCUGAGUCAACUACUGUUGAUCUCCAGCAUGAUGGACAAAACUGGACGACGCAGAACGACGUGCAGUUGCGGCCACAUAUGUGACAAGAGUUUCAAGGUGCGAGAAUCUGACGAUGGAGCGCUCUUCAAGCAUCCUGUGGUGCCGCCCAGGAAUUUCCCGGAUUCAUAUAGAUACGUAAAUGUGAUGCGCAACAAUCGCGCGUUCCGCUGGCUCAAGCCUCGCUCUCAUCGCAGCGCUUUUCCCUCUCGCCAAGUGGUGGUGCAGAGGAUCCUCCCACUGCAGCCGGGAGUCAAGUCCAGCUAUGUCACUGCCAGUGUGGAUUACGAGGAGCCGCCCUCGCCCACACAAAUGUCUACUGCUCCACCGCAGCCUUUGAAGUCCAAAUUCUCGAGUGUGGCCAGCAAGACGUCAGCUCCAACUGCCACGGUGACUUCCAGGAGUGUGCAGCACAAAGUGGAGACGCCGAAGCCGGAGUCUUCAGUGCGGAAGAGUGAGAAAACAGAGAAGGAGCCUGAGAGCAAUGACAUGAAGUCGAUAGCAGAGAAGAUGCUGAAGGAGGAGUCAGUGGAGUCGGAGGACUUUAGCAUUGAGGAUAAUCCAGCGAUCAGGAGCAUUAUGGAGCUCUCGCUGCCCUCAUUGCGAUUCGGAGACAGUGACGAGAGCCGCCUGAUGGGUGAUGGCUUCAUCCCAUCAGCCACUCCGCCCAUGAGUCCCAUGAGGAUCAUCAGGGAGGGCAGCGACAGCAAGUGGCUGGAGGAGAACAUGCACGACUACAGCUUCAGCAGUCUCCUCGGCCACUUGGAUUCGCAUUUGGAAUGCCGGACAAAGAGUCCUGUGAGUGAGGAGAAUAAUCACGUGGACUCCAGCAUUGAUUACGUGUACAAAUUCGCGUAG